UAAUCCGAGGGCCGUGAUUCGGAGGCCGAGGGUCGGUGGUCUCGCGUUAGCUGCUAGCGCGCACUAGCUGGGUUGCUCGUGCAGUUUAUUGUGUCAUCAAAUCCACUCACUAUGGCUUGUCUAAUUGUGUUUGAGAGAUGUGGAGGAGCCCCAUGUAAUUUCUGUGCAUCUUUGUUUUUUGUGAGGGCAGGCUCCGCAUUGAGUUCGGGGCGAUGCGGUUGUGUUUACAUGUCUCUGGGUGACUGUGAACUGAGGUUUUUUUUUAAGUUGUCGGCGGGUUCGCGCUUUGUUAGUGCAUAAGGUGUUUGGAGGUAGGGGUAAUGAGACGGGGACGAGCUUACCAACAAGUCUUUUAAAUAAAAGGCUUCCGAUAGAUCAAAUACCUGUUACCGAAACUGGUCGCUUAAAUUCCUAGUGCUUUUUGAAAUAAACACUGAAGUCGCAUCGCAGUCGCUUUGCGUCGUUGUAAGGAUUUGAUUGAUUGAUGUGCAGAGCGCUUUGAAGUUUGAACUGAAGUUACUGAUGCGAACAGAUGUAAACAAAUGUCUGUCGGUCUGCCUUUUAAGGGUCAUCACUCUGCUAUUUGAAAUCGACUUAUUAAAACAAGUUGCCAGAACAUGAUUUCUUUUGGAGUUACGUUGUCUGAAAUAUUAAUUAAUGGAAAUCUCGUGUCUCUUUUUGCUUUCUCUAUUUGCCUCUAAUUAAACAACUUGAAACUGUUAAAGCGCUCGUGGCUUGCAGCACUGUUGUCCAGUUCAAUACUUUGUUUUUAAAAAAAAUUUUUUUUUACGUGUUUCAGUGGCAACCCUUUGCUAAAGCACUCAUGUUGGAAAACCUUCAAAGAACCUCCACGCAUCACAUUGGCUUGCAGCCAAACUCCCGGAUCGGCGAGGAGAUGAGUCAGAACAGCUUUAUUAAACAGUACCUGGCCAAACAGCAAGAGCUCCUCAGGCAGCGCUUGGAGAGAGAGGCACGAGAGGCUGCAGAAACUGAUGGAACAGACCCGGAAGACCAUACAGAGGCCAAUGACAGCACAAUGUCUCCUACCCCUAACCAGGAUGCUGCAUCCUCAUUAGUUGAUCAACACAAACCUCUCACCACAGCAAGUGAGGGUGAUGAGCUCAGAAAAGAGAAAGAGAUGCCCGGGCAGCCAUCCUACUCUGCACCUGCCCUGCCUGCUGCAAUAGCCUCUUUGUCAGUGCGGGUUGUUGGUGAAAGAGGGCCGACCUCAAGCCAUGUACCAGUCGAUAGCGACGAUGACAGCGAAGGUGAGGAAGACAGUGAUGAAGAGGAUGAGGAGUGGAAAAUGAAUACUCGGCGGAGUCGCCGAGCAGAACCGGCAAAAAGCAAACCGGUGAGGGAAAGUUCUGGUGGCUCACAGCAACAGCAACAGCCACCCCCCCAACAUAUACCCUUACUAUCACAGCAGCUCAGACAGCCCACUCCUCCCCCAUCCCCACCUCCUGAACUCUCUUUCCCCCUCCCAGACACCCCUAAACAGAGCCCCCCAAGUCCAGGAGAGCCCCCUUCUAGGCAGUGCAUGUCUAGCUCUUCCAGUUCUGGUAGUUCGAGUAGUGGCAGUCGUAGCAGUAGCCCUGAACCAGCAGGUGAUUCUACAGGACGCAAACCAGGCCCACUGACUUUACUGGCACGAAAGAUGGAGUCUGAAGGAGCUUUCUCUGGGACAGGAAAGCGAGAAAGGGAGGGGUUAGAUGGACACGCAGGAAGAAGCCACCAACAGGGGGGUGUUUCUGCAAUUACCCACACAGGUAAUGCAGCAUCAGUUUUGUCCUACCCUGGCUCUGUGAUCUCCAACCAAGGAGUAAUUGGUGCUUUACCACACAGUCAGACACCUGUUACUGUUGUCAGGACAGCAGUGAUGGAGGAGGGUGAUGCCACAGCGCAGGAGCAGGAAAAGUGGGAAAGACAACGAGAGAAAGAGAGGCUGAUAGCCCUUGAAAAGGAGAGGGAGGAAAGGGAGAGGGCUUUGGAAGAAGAAAAAGCAAGAGUCUUGGAACGGGAAAGACAGGAACGUGAAGAAGCUCUGAAGCGGGAGAGGGAAGAGAAAGAGAGGGUUUUACAGCGGGAAAGGGAUGAGAGAGAGAGGGCUUUAGAACAAGAGAGACUGGAGAGAGAACAAGCCCUGGAACGAGAGAGGCUAGAAAAUGAGAGACUGGAGAAGGAAAGGCUUGAAAGAGAGCAAGAUUUGGAGAGGAAGAGACAGGAGAAAGAAAGGCUAGAAAGAGAGCAAGCUUUGGAGAGGGAGAGACUGGAGAAAGAAAGGCUAGAAAGAGAGCAAGUUUUGGAGAGGGAGAGACUGGAAAAAGAGAGGCAUGAGAAAGAAAGACUAGAAAGAGAGCAAGCUUUGGAGAGGGAGAGACUGGAGAAAGAAAGACUAGAAAGAGAGCAUGCUUUGGAGAGGGAGAGACUGGAGAAAGAAAGGCUAGAAAGAGAGCAAGCUUUGGAGAGGGAGAGACUGGAAAAAGAGAGGCAGGAGAAAGAAAGGCUAGAAAGAGAGCAAGCUUUGGAGAGGGAGAGACUGGAAAAAGAGAGGCAGGAGAAAGAAAGGCUAGAAAGAGAGCAAGCUUUGGAGAGGGAGAGACUGGAAAAAGAGAGGCAGGAGAAAGAAAGGCUAGAAAGAGAGCAAGCUUUGGAGAGGGAGAGACUGGAAAAAGAGAGGCAGGAGAAAGAAAGGCUAGAAAGAGAGCAAGCUUUGGAGAGGGAGAGACUGGAGAAAGAGAGGCAAGAGCAAGAAAGACUGGAAAGAGAGCAGGCUUUAGAGAAAGAAAGACUGGAGAGAGAGAGACAAGAUAAAGAAAGGAUCGAAAGAGAGCGAGCUUUGGAGAGAGAAAGACUGGAGAAAGAAAAGCAAGAAAGAGAGCAAGCUUUGGAGAAAGAAAGGAAAGAAAGAGAGCAAGCUUUGGAGAGAGAAAGAUUGGAGAAAGAAAGAGAGCAAGCUUUGGAGACAGAAAGAUUGGAGAAAGAAAGGCAAGAAAAAGAGCAAGCUUUGGAGAAAGAAAGAGAGAAAGCUUUGGAGAAAGAAAGGCAAGAAAGAGAGCAAGCUCUAGAGAGAGAAAGAUUGGAAGAAGAAAGGAAAGAAAGAGAGCAAGCUUUAGAGAGAGAAAGAUUGGACAAAGAAAGGCGAGAAAGAUUGGACAAAGAAAGGCGAGAAAGAUUAGACAAAGAAAGGCAAGAAAGAGAGCAAGCUUUAGAAAGAGAAAAAUUGAAGAAAGAAAGAGAACAAGUUUUAGAGAAGGAGAGACUGGAGAAGGAAGCUGCUUUCGAACGAAAACGACAAGAAAUUGAGACAGCUAAGGAACAUGAGAGGCUGGAAAGAGAAAAGACUUUGGAAAAAGAAAGAGAAAUUGCUCUGGAACGUGAGAUACAGGAGAGGGAGAGGCAGAAGAGAGACAGACUUGAGAAGGAGAAAGCUUUGGAACAAGAGAGGAUGCAGAGAGAACAAGCUCUAGAGCGUGAGAGAGAGGCACAAAAGAAAGCAGAGGAGCAGAGGGAGCGACAGUUGGAAAAAGAGAGAGAAGAGAAGUCUUUAAAAAAAGAGAAGCUGAGGGCCCUGGAAGAGAAGGAAAGACUGCUGGAACAACAGAGUGUGCAGGAGGAAAAAGAAAAUACUUUGAAACAUGACAAAGAAGAGGAACGAGAGAGAGAAAGGGAGAGCCAUCUUCCUCCAUUGAAACGUGUUCGUGAGAUCUGUGGUUUCUCCCAUUCAGUUACCCAUUCUCUUGAGAGUCAAUCAGAGAAGCCUGAUGAGGAGGCAGGGGAAUCGCAAAGUGUCAGCAAAGAUGCUCGAUCUAUAGAGCCUCUCUCACAACAGUCACCGACACCAUUAUUCAUUCAGUCGUCCUAUAAGAAGUCCCGAUUCCUCAGAGAUGCUCCAGGGACGACGACUCUCCCAUCCUCUCCAACAUCUGUGUUGAAGAGGCCUCGUACCUUCUCAGACAGCCCUAACCCACAAGCACCUUCUAUUCCGUUUGCAUCUAAGCCUGGGGAACCAGUGCAAAAAGAUGCUGCUCAGGCCCCUCAAAAACCACCACAGACUGUGAUGCAGGGAGUUCUUGUUUCAGCAUCCCAUGGCCUAGAGAGCAAGACACCAGAGUUGGCUUCCCAAGAUCAAGAAGAACAGAAGACCGUGGUUUCAGAGUCUUGCAAAGGGCCAAAUGAUAAUGAGGCAAGUCAAGACACUAAACGUCAGAUGCUCAGAGUUGAGGAUGAUGGUAAACCUCCUCCAGCCCCACCAGAGGAGAAAAAAAGAGGAAGGGAAAGGGAAAAGGAGGUGGAGAAGAGAGGAAGAAUAUCAUCAUCCUCCAGUGAUUCCUCCUCCUCUGACUCAGACUCUGGGUCUUCAUCCUCCUCGCGAUCCUCCAGUUCAUCAUCUUCCUCCCAGGAGAAAACUCGUUCCACUUCAGGUGGUAGGAGGUCCAAAGAAAUACAGAAGGACAGCUCAUCUCAGCACACUCAAAAAGAUGGCCAAACUGUGGUCGUGACUGAAAAACCUUCUUUAUCCAAGUGCAAAAAAAGAAGCUUCACAGAGCGGGAGGAGAAAGAAGUGAGCAAUGAGGAUGUCAUCCAAACCAAGAAGCCCUGCCUUGAACUGCAGGAUGAGAAGAAAAAAAAGAGAGGAAGAAAAGAAGAUAUCGAGGAAGAUGACACUAACAAAGACACUACGAGUAGUGAGGUGAAGGGAGCUGUCAUGGCCGAGGUUCCAGAUAGCAGUGAGGAGAGCACCACGCCAAAGGCCUUCUCUGCCCGAAAGAUCUCUCUCUGCAGCAGCAAAUCAUCUCCUGGAGUGGUUGGUUCGGAAGGGGAAGCGGAGACCGCAAGCGGUGCUGGCACUGGCAGAAAGAGGCGAUGGGGCUCUAGUACAGCUGUCACUUCCAAGAAACCCUCCAUCAGUAUCACAACAGACUCUUUGAAGUCUUUAAUUCCAUACAACAAGCCUAGCUUGGGCCAGGAGGCUGUGCUAGACCUGCACCCAGAAGAGAUGCAUCUCUCUGGGGAAGAGGAAGGUGGAGAGAGGGAUGACCAAGACCUGAAAAUCAGGCGGACUGUAACACAGGUCGUUCCUUCUGACACGCAAGAGAAUGGACAGAAGGAAUCCAAAAGAAGUGAACAUGAGGAUGAGGAAAGAAGUGAAGGGCAUGAUCGACUAAGCCAGGAGUUGAAAACGGAAGGCCCCAUUCAGAUUUCCAUGGAGACUGAGCCAUCCUCCCCAGAGCGUGAUGUUGAUAUAAAGACAGUGACUCCUAGAGACACAUUGAUCCGGCGUUCUAUUAGCCAGCAGAAGUCUGGAGUGAGUAUCACUAUUGAUGACCCAGUCCGCACAGCCAAGCAACCCUCUCCUCCUCGUGGCAAGCUGUCUAACAUCAUCCAUGUCUGCAACCUGGUGAGGCCAUUUACCCUGGUGCAGUUGAAGGAGCUACUGAACCGCACAGGGACUGUAGUAGAUGAAAGUUUUUGGAUCGAUAAGAUUAAAUCUCACUGCUACGUCACAUACUCCAGUGCGGAGGAGGCGAUGGCCACACGGACAGCCCUACAUGGGGUUAAAUGGCCUCAGAGUAACCCUAAGUUCCUCAGUGUUGACUUCUGCACACAAGAGGAGUUGGACUUCCACAGGGAUCUAGGUCCAACAGGAGAAAAGCCAGCAGUGGAGGUCCAUGGGGCAGCAGCCGCUGGAUCUGGGCGUGCGGUCCCCCUGCCUCUUCUACCAGAGCGUGAUCAGUGGACGGAACGAGAAAGGGAAAUGGACAGGAGGGAGAGAACGCGUACAGAAAGGGAAUGGGACCGGGAUAAGGUGAGAGACUUCAGUAAACCUGGAGAGGAACGGGAGGCUGGGGCCAGACGAUCGCGUUCCCGAGAUCGUGAGAGGCGGCGUAAGGAGAGAGGGAAGAGUAAAGAGAGAAAGACUGACAAGAAGGAAAAAGGACCCGAGGAGCCACCCGCUAAAUUGCUGGAUGACCUGUUCUGCAAAACCAAAGCAGCACCAUGCAUAUACUGGCUCCCACUUACUGAGGAACAGGCAGCACAGAGAGUAGCAGCUCGUGCGGAGCGCAUGAGGGAACGCGAGAAGAGGAGGAAGGAGAUGGAGGAAGAGGAGGAUAAGAAAUGCGAAGAGCAGCACAGGGAGCGGAUGAAGACCAGUGGUGGUGCCAGAGGGGAAAAUGAAAGGGAGCAAGACAGAGAUCAAGACAGAGGUCGAGAGAGGGAGAGAGAGGGGAAUAAACGAAAGGAGACGUUUCGCAGGCCCAGUGGAAACAGUGCAAGCGGGAGCAGGAGAUCACGCAGCCGCAGUGACCCUCCACCCAGAGACCGACGACGCUAAAGAGUCUGGAACUGUCCAGUUUGUGACCCCGUUCCUGUAUGUGCUGUUACAGCUCUAUGCCUACCUUCCCGAGGACAAACUAAGACUCUAUACAAAUACACUCACAAAUACUCAAUAUACAUCUGGACCACGGUGGUGCUAUGUCUCCAUGUAGACUCUUGUCUCAUUGUCUCUUAACUGGGCUUUAAGACUCCUGAUGUUCAAUUUCCCUUCUCAGUGUUGAUGGACUUCUGGUACAAGUGAGCAGGACGGCAAGACAUUGUCACCUUUGAAACUUCACCUGAUGGUAGGCAGGGCUUUUUGUUCCUCCGAGAUCUGUCUCAGAGCCCUAACCCACUGCAUCUGCUUUCUGUCUUGUUUUUUGAGGCAGGUUUGGUGAAGUUCUCUUUCAGUGUAGUGUGAACACAGAUGGAAGAGUGAAGCUGCCUUCUGAAAGAGAUGCUCUGAAAGCUUUGGUGUGACUCUUGUCCAGAUCUCGACCUUAUGUGUUUUCUCUUUUGUUGCCCUCACAUUCCUUGUAUCCUUUUUUUGUUUUGUUUAAUUCCAUAUUGUCUGCCUUUUACCACCCCUUUGCCAUGGAGAAUGGGAUGCAUAUUUAACCUUUUCACAUUUGGUUUUAAAAAAUAAAAUAAAAAAAUAAAAUGUAAGCAUAAAAGCUGACAUUUUGUUUUAUUUUUACUCCUGUAAGUGCUGAAUGUACAAAUAAUAAAAAGGUUACAUCUAAGAACUGAAAACAAUGGUUAUUUCUUAGUUCUUGUGGAAGAUCAGUAAUAGGGGAGGCUUAUAAAGAUCAUUCUGGAGUUGCAGGUUAAAUUGUGUCUACACAUGACAUGCAGGGUGUGAACUGAUUGCAAGACCUGUAUAUUUAAAUAACUUCUAAGUCUUAUAUCAAACCCUGUUCAUGAUAUUUCAGGUCUCUGGCCUGUUAAUUCUAAUGACAUGUACUCACUUGUUUCUGUAUUAUAAAAUAGCUUAUACAAAGUCAGUGUAUACCAAUAUAUUUGUUGGAGAACUAGAAAUUCACCCCAUUUUAGUUACAUCGAAAUAUUGUCUGGCCUCUGGCUUGCUAAUUUAAAUCCCAUUUUGUUUCUAACAACAUGUAUGCACAGUUGCAAAAUAAUGUAUAAAAUUAUUUCGCUAUUCAUUAAUAGCCCAUACAAAGUUUUUGUACCUAUGUAUCUGUCGAAAAAACUAGGCCUAGACAUUCAUCCAUUUAAAUUGCAUCAAAGCUGCUUUAUGAGAUUCUAGCCUAUGCCUGCUAAUUUAAAUCACAUUUUUACUAACCACAUGUGCAGUUGUAAAAUUAUGUAUAAUAUUGUUUCAUUAUUAAAAAAUAGCCCAUACAAAAUCAGUU